AUGAGUUCGAAUCUGUCACUUAACAAUUGCUUUCUCAUUUCAUACUCGAAUGACCCACAUAACGAUAAUUGGUCAUUGCAGGGUUAUCGAAUAAGCUUAAACAAGCAGAUAAUCAAUCAUCAGAUAACGAUUUCACAACUCUUCACCUUGAAUGGAAAAGGAAGUGCUAACGUGACAAGAAAAUACCUAAACCAGUGCAUAUAUACUAUCGGGAUGGGGAACAACGAUUACAUUAGCAAUUACUUUGUUCCCAAUUACUAUGAGACGAGUUCUGAAUAUACGCCUGAGGAAUAUGCAGAAGUCCUUGUUGAACAGUAUUCCCGGCAACUCCAGGAAUUGUAUGAAUCUGGAGCUAGAAAGUUUGGAAUUUUUGCAGCAGGCUAUUCGGGCUGUUGCCCAGGGAUCAUGGCGGAUUAUGGCUUGAACUCUUGCGUCGAAUUAGUUAAUAAUGCGGUCAAAUUAUUCAACACCCUGCUUAAUACUACUCUAAAUGAUCUAAACAAUAGAUUCCUUGAUGCAAAGUUCAUCUUGAUCGACGCUCGUUUAGUAUAUCCUAGUGAUUUAAAUGUUACUGAUAAACCAUGCUGUGAAAUUGCGUUAAGAACCACGGGAAAAGGGAGUUGUGUUCCGAAUCAAGUUCCAUGUAGCAACAGGCAAAACUAUAUAUUUUGGGACGCUUUUCAUCCCACAGAGAGGGUGAACGUUAUAGAUGGAACAAAGGCAUAUGAAACACUCUAUCCUUUUUAUACUUAUUCAGAAGCUAUGUUACCUUUAACACACACAAAAGCUGGCUACGAAGUCAGUGAUGCAUGAUAUUAAUGUUGGUUUUGGUCUAACCACCAAAUCUAUUUUGAAUGGUUUUUUAAGUGUAAUAUCGUUUUAUUGAUUUGAAUAUGUGAAUAAAAACCAAGAUAAAUUCAAUGUUUUAAUUGUAUGUCGUGGAAAGAAUUAAUUUUUGUUUUGUUG